AUGAAGUUCUACAUCGAUGAGCUGCCCGUGCUCUUCCCCUACCCCAAGAUCUAUCCCGAGCAAUAUGCCUACAUGACCGAUCUCAAGCGCACCCUCGAUGCUAACGGUCACUGCGUUCUCGAAAUGCCCUCAGGCACCGGCAAGACUGUCUCGCUUCUCAGCCUCAUCGUCUCUUACCAGCUUUUCCAUCCCGCCAAGCGCAAGCUCAUCUAUUGCUCGCGUACUGUUCCUGAGAUCGAGAAGGCGCUCGCAGAGUUGAAACGUCUCAUGGAGUAUCGCGCAAGGUACAACGUCAAGGAAGGCGAAGACUCGGAGGUGCUCAAGAACGAAGCAGAAGGUAGCAAUGGACCGGGAGAGCAAGAUUCCGAGAUGAAAGGCAGAGGCAAAGCGGGUGCACAAAUGGAAGACAUUCUCGCGCUCGGUCUCAGUUCACGCAAGAACCUCUGCAUCCAUCCCGACGUGAGUCGCGAGCGCAAAGGCAAGGUCGUCGACGCACGAUGUAGAGAUAUGACCAGCAGCUGGGCCUGCGAAAAGGGCCGUCAAGAUCCCGGCAGCGUCGAGCUCUGCGACUUCCACGAAGAGCUCGGCAAGAUGGAACCGGGUCAACUCAUCCCGCAAGGCGUCUGGACACUUGAAGAAGUUAAGGAGUAUGCCCGCGACAAAGGCAUAUGCCCUUACUUUGCCAUCCGACGCAUGAUGCCCUUUGUUGACAUCGUCAUCUACAGCUUUCACUACCUCCUCGAUCCCAAAGUGGCAGAGCAGGUGAGUAAGGAGAUGAGCAAGGAUGCCAUCGUGGUCUUCGACGAGGCCCACAACAUCGACAAUGUAUGCAUCGAAUCGCUCUCCAUCGACUUGACCAGGCCGAUGCUCGACAGCGCAUACCGAAGUAUCAAUCAGCUCUCGGAUCGCGUCGACGAGAUCAAAAAGACAGAUGCGUCCAAGCUGCAGGACGAGUAUGCGCGAUUAGUCGAAGGUCUGCAGGAGCAAGGUGAGCAGAGGGAGGCCGAAUCGUUCAUGGCGAAUCCAGUACUUCCUGACGAUCUGCUGUCAGAAGCGGUGCCGGGUAACAUCCGUCGCGCCGAACACUUUGUCGCCUUCUUGAAACGAUUCGUCGAAUACCUCAAGACGCGCAUGCGCGUUCUUCACGUCGUGGCCGAAACUCCGGCGAGCUUCUUGCAACACUUGAAGGACAUCACAUACAUCGAGCGCAAGCCACUGCGCUUCUGUGCCGAACGACUCCGCAUGCUCGUCGGCACGCUCGAGCUCACCCGUCUCGACGAGUUCUCGGCAUUGCAAAAGGUGGCAUCGUUCGCGACCCUCGUCGCCACCUACGACAAAGGUUUCCUGCUCAUCCUCGAACCCUUCGAAACCGAGAACGCCACUGUGCCCAAUCCGAUCUUCCACUUUACCUGCCUCGAUGCGAGUCUCGCCAUCGCACCCGUCUUUGAACGCUUCUCGAGCGUCAUCAUCACGAGCGGAACCAUCAGCCCUCUCGACAUGUACCCCAAGAUGCUCAAGUUUGAUGCGAUAGUGCAGGAGUCGUAUGCCAUGACGCUCACUCGUCAAUGUUUCCUGCCGCUCGUCAUCACACGAGGCAGCGAUCAGGUCGCAAUCAGUUCUCGCUUCGAGGUGCGAAACGAUCCCGCCGUGGUCCGCAACUACGGCAGCAUCUUGAUCGAGUACGCCAAAUGUGUCCCGGACGGCAUCGUCGCCUUCUUCCCCUCGUACCUCUACAUGGAAAGCAUCGUAGCCGCUUGGCACGACAUGGGCAUCCUCGACGAGGUGUGGAAGUACAAGCUCAUCUUUAUCGAGACGCCAGAUGCUCCCGAGACGAGCAUCGCGCUCGAGAACUAUCGACGAGCGUGCGACAACGGUCGGGGAGCCAUCUUGCUAUCCGUCGCGAGAGGAAAAGUGUCUGAGGGCAUCGAUUUCGAUCACAAUUACGGGCGCGCCGUCAUCAUGUUUGGUGUACCUUACCAGUACACCGAGUCGCGAAUCCUCAAAGCUCGACUGGAGUUCCUGCGCGACAACUUCCGCAUCCGAGAGAAUGACUUUUUGACCUUCGACGCCAUGCGACACGCUGCUCAGUGCGUGGGACGCGUACUACGAGGUAAGACCGACUACGGUCUCAUGGUGUUCGCCGACAAGCGAUUCGCGCGUGCCGACAAACGCAACAAGCUGCCCAAGUGGAUCGCGCAGUACAUCAAGGAGACGCAUUCGAAUCUGUCGACAGAUAUGGCCAUCGUCGAGUCAAAACUCUUCAUCCGAUCCAUGGCGCAGCCGUAUCCGGAGGGAAAGAACGGCGUCAGUCUCUGGGAGCUCGCCGAUAUCGAAUCACGUCAGGCAAAGGAGCGCGAGACAUUUGCCAAACUCAUGGGCGGUCAGCUCAAAGUGGAUGCCAAUGGAGAAGUUGUCGACAAGGAUGACAGCGAUUCGGACAUGGAGGGUGCCGACGUCGGCAAGCAAGAGGACGAUUUCGACAAGGAGUUCGGUGGGGGCGAUGACUUGGCCCAGAUCAACGAGCUCGAUGAAGUUAUGCAGGAUGCGUGA